GUCACGAGUGACGUUCUCAUCGCGACCACAACGAUCGUAAUGACUAUGUGGAACGUCCAAAAGAGUAUUUCAGGUGCCGUAGGUGCCUAGUGGAAUGCACCCCUAGUGUAUGCUCUGUGGCAAAUACUGUCAAAAAAUUUUCAUGGUUUAAAAAUAUAUUGUAUACAGGUUAAUGAACACGGGUGGAAUAUAUUUGGUUUGUAUUAAUAAAGCUUUUAAGGUUUGAAUAUGACAUUUAACAAGAUGAAUUAAAAUUAUAAAAAAUAUGAGUGAAGUAGAUGUAUUCAUAAGCAAUUAUACAUUAGUUGAUCCAGAAAUUUAUCAGUUAUGGAUUGACGGACAUACUGCAAGUGAAGCAGUAACUAUUCUCAACAGUAAGGGCUUAGGCCAGAAAACAGGUGCUUCCUUAGAACUCAUUGCUAGUGACGUUUUGGAUCAUUACAGAACUUAUUCCUUACUAGAGAAACUAUUGAAUUACCCUAGUAAACUUCAGGAACAGUUUAUUUUUCAAAUAGAUCCUCAAACUCGUUCAUUUCUGAUUGAAAAGUACUAUGAAUUUGAUGAUGAAGUCAUUCGUGAAGUUUUGGGUAAGAAACUUUCUUCAAAAAAUAGGAAAGACUUAGAUGAAGUAGCAGAGAAGACUGGAAAACCAUUAAAAUCUUGCAGACGACAAUUUGACAAUGUUAAAAGAAUAUUUAAAACUGUCGAAGAACUGCCUGGUAUAACAACAGAUAAUAUAAAAAAUAAUUUUUGCCUACCAGAUGAACUGGCAAAGAAAUAUACUUGUAUAGUAUUCACAGCAUGUAUGCGAUUUGAAACGUCAAAGAAAAAGGUUCAACAAAUGUCGUUUAAUAAUUUUAGAAUCUGUUGUGAAGCUAUGAUUGACAACUGGACUUACCAUCUAAGCGGUACUGAUUAUAAUGAUUUAGAAAUGGAUAGAGAAUUUUUGUUUGAAUUAAGAGAUUUAAAAAUCCUAAUGGAAAAAGAUAAAGAACAUAAGCACUUAUUAUUGGUAAAUUUAAAACCAAAAUUGCUUCAAAAAAGUUAUGCAGACUUGGAAGCUAAUUUUAAAUUAUAUACUAGAGCCAUAUUAACAUUAGCAACAACUCUUCACAGAUCUCGAGACAUGAAAAACUUUUUUGUUGAUUUAUCUCAAAUUGUAGAAUAUUUUAAACAAAAUUUAUGGACUUCACAUGAUUUUGAACAGUUUUUAAUAGCUUAUGGUCAAUUUGCUGGGGAUAUUGACAUAUUAAGGUCAAACGCAGCUUUAAAAGGAAGUUGGGAAAAAUUUUUGAAAGUAAUUACUAAGUGCUUGUUAAUAAUGUAUAGUUAGAAAGAGAAAUUCAACAAUAUCAUAAUAUUUUGUUCUGUUACUGUUUCUGUUUAUUUUGUUUGUAUAAAAAAAAUUAAAACUUGUUUUGAGAA